AUGAAACGCAGAAUCACUUUUAUCCAGCGCAUCGAUGCCGGAUUCGAUCUGCAGCAGGUCGUUCUGACCUCGUCGUCCCUCUCCGUGCGCGACCUAGACGCCGCGCGGGAAGACCGCUUCACCGUGGAGCUUGACCAGCUCCCGGAACAGUUGCGCGGCGCCCUUGAACACUCCAGCGGGCUUCACCUCCGCUGGGCCUCCGAACGACCUUAUGACGCACUCGCGCCCUUCGCCAGCCGAGUCUCACCAGGCUUGCAUGUGCAAUAUACACCUCUGAAGACAGACGAGUCACCGGAGGCACUGUGCACACUGCUUCGCGCGGUGGUCGGACCAGACAAGGAUGCUCAAUUUAAAGAUUGCACCAAACCGGAGGAAUCAUUCAUCGAACCCCCGCUAUCGACGAAUUCCGCUUCUUCGGCCUCACUACAAUACCACACGCACCUGCCUAGCGUGAAGAAUCUCGUCAAAUAUAUCCAGAAUGAUGUCUGCGCAAAAGAAAGCACUGAGUGCCACACUUCCGCCAAUGCAUUACUCACCGCGGACUCCAUCGAUAUCGACUAUGAUAGCAGCUCUCGUGCUCUGACAGUCUCAGGGUUCUGGGCCAACCCUCCCAAAGGCGGCUGGACAGACCAGAUCGUGAAACCGUCUUCCAGCGCCGAUCAAAUCGAAUUCGGUCUCCUCGGCGCCGAGCCCGGACUUGAACCAGAGGAGAUCAAGAUGGGCGGACUGCUGGCCGUUGUCGGCCAGGACCAGAAACUCAAGCCAACCAUGUUCUCAUUCCCAUCCCGCCACCAGCAUCUCAUCGAAUCAUCCAGCUACACCGUCUCAUUCACACCCCCAACAGGCCUACACCCAGAAAUGUCCAUAACCAUACCAAGAUCGACACUCAAACAACCACCAGCCCCCAACGACGCAACCUGCGCACUUCACACAUAUCUCACACUCCCAUCCACCAUAUUCGGCGACCAAUACCAGCUCGGAACAACAGACCCCCUCUUCCUCGAAUCUCACAACCUCGCAGCCCUCAACGCCCACGCAGGCGAAAUGGACCUCGAAGCCCCAGACUGGGUCGUCAAGAAUUGGGGCUCAUCCUGGCUCCUGGAACUAGCUACCCCUCCCACUCAAGAACAAGACCAAACCGCAGUCCCCUCAAACUGGACAGCAACUAUCCCAUUACAUCUGCGGUACCUCCCGCCUUCGGAAUCGGGAUACCGCACCGCGCAUGUUCCCUGGCCUAUCGUUUUCUGGGCCUGUACCACCGACGAUGAAGAGGGUAUGGGUCCUAAUCCGUUCGAGCGCACACAUCUCGGGUGGGAUGGGUUGUUCGGUCCGCGGACGACGUUCUAUCAGCUGAGUCCUGCGGGUGAACGGCUGGUUGAGGAUGUGGAUGUGCCGGUUCUGCGGCUUAGUGGGGAAGGUAUGUUCCAGGGGAAGUUCAUUGAGUUGGGGACCUGUGUGGUUAUCUCGCUUGGAUUCUUGUGGGUGCUUUUGAAGCUUGUAAGGGUUGCUUGGUCGUCUGGGACUGGGGCGAAUGAGAAGUCUGGGCGGGUUGGAGCCCAUGAUAAGAAGGAUUGA